UCAGACAGGGGUUUAACGGAUGAAAUACAAGCGAUUUGUUAACACUUUUAUCACGUUAUCACGUCUUAGGUAAAGAAGAUAACGCAACUAACGCAACACUGUGGUAUUGCUUCGCUCCGCAACAGGCGGCUGGCCAACAUGCUCGAUAAGCUGCUCAUCAAGUGCCAGUUUCAGGACGUUCGUUUUACCGUGUACGGAUUGUUUACCAUCGACAACAGCUUAAACUAUAUGGUUAUUAGUUCGGUCGUAACGUACCUAGUGAUUAUCACACAGUUUCGUCAGUUGGAAAUUGAAAAUGAAAACCGAGUGCCGUGAAACAGAUGGGCAAAGGCUGUGACCAGCGGUUGAGAUAGCAAGAGGCAGGCAGUUGAUUAGACUUCAUCGAUCGGGUGGCUUCUUAUAGAGUUUCUCAGACCAUUGUUACACUAUUUGUCAACAGUUUAACACGUUAAAGCUGGUGGCACAGCUCGAGCGGUUCCUCGUACGGUUUUUCAUCCAAAGGUUCUAUCAAACUUAGUAGGUGAUUUGACCGAGGGCAAAGGCUUAACAAUUCCGUCUUUGUUUGUUUUUGUUUUCGGAAAUUUACAGCUUUAUCCUAUGCAAUUCGUCUUAAGUCUGAGAACCCUAUUCAGACUUUAGUCUGCAAUUCAACCUUGAAACCCUUUUCCGACACCGGAAAACAGACGUUAAAUUCCGUGACCCGGUGACCGAGGGGAUUGCGGCGCCAGUCUUCUGGUCCUGCCGUAGACCGGGGAUAAAAUCUCAUCCAGCCCGCCUUCCCGUAGGCAGGACUGACUAUCCAGCUACGGAAAAAAUCAAGUCGAAGAAAGAAAUGGCAGGCCGAGACCUUUGGAGGUUGUGGGUUCAAAAAGGAAUAAGAAGAAUGCGUUAUAAAACAGGAGGUAAAAGACUCGAGAAGGCGAGCCCCAUGACAAAAUUGGUUAGGCACUGUAGGAUUUACGCCUAAAUGUAUGCAAACCGCAGUACACGUUGCGAAAGCUUCACAGUGUGCUUGCAGUAUGAUCAAAAAUGGUUUCAUAAAGUCGAAUGAAAUAUUGCUUAUUAUUCGGUUAAAUUCCCCUCCCUCUAUCCUGGCCAUUUAAAAUGGCUUACAGGAGUUACGUAAUAUUUUUUUGUCACGCUAGGAGUGACCAACCAGGCUUACAACAUACACGGUGUUCCCUAACAGUAACGGAACAUUGGUUGGUAAAAGACUCUAGAAGGCCCCUCCCUAGAAUCUUUUGUGUGCAGCACUGUGGCCUGUCAUUUUUGUUGUACAGUGGGAUUUCUGUAUGGUCAAAACCCAUUUGAUGUAAACAUUGUGCAUUGUUCCUUAAUACUGUUAAUAGACAGCGAUUAGAACUUGAUACAAUACAUUGUAACAAGUGGUUUGAG